AUGGCAGUGGAUGAGGACACCGUGAUGGGCGAGGCAGGCUUUCAGGCCAGGGCCGCCAAUCCUCACGCAGCCAACGGUACCGGCCAGCAAACAACAUACGGCCACCUAAAUGGGGCGUCUGACCCAUAUCUGGCGCCACCACUUCUCAGCCAACCGAUGCAGUUGGAUGGGACAGACGGGAAUCAGCCGCAGGAUAUUACUGUCACAGCAGACAAACAGAGGCCGUCAUCACCAAAAAGUGCCCUGAAGACAACUGCCCCUGCAGACUCUGCAGAUCCCGUCUCUGAUGAUCAGGAUAGCCUUGUUGAUGGGUACUCUGAGACUGAGGAAGCGAAGGACGUGCCUGGGCUUCCUCUUGCUUCAUUGCCUUCUGGGCUUUGCUACGAUGUUCAGAUGCGAUAUCACUGUGAAGUUCGGCCAACUUCAGAUGUGCAUCCGGAAGACCCAAGAAGAAUUUACUACAUCUUCAAAGAGCUCUGCCGGGCAGGGCUUGUUGAUGAUGCCGAAGCAACCAGGCCUCUUGUCGCACGCCCUCUGAAGCGGAUUAAUGCUCGCAAUGCAACAGAGGAAGAAAUAUCUUUAGUCCAUACCGCAGCACACUAUGCAUUUGUAGAGAGCACGAGGCAUAUGUCCGAUGAGGAACUGAUCGCUCUGGAGCAUACCCGUGAUUCAAUCUACUUCAACAGCCUUACAUUUGCUUCGUCCUUACUAUCUGUCGGCGGUGCCAUCGAAACAUGCCUUGCUGUUGCGACCCGCAAAGUGAAGAAUGCGAUUGCUGUCAUUCGACCUCCCGGGCACCACGCUGAACACGAUAAGACUAUGGGGUUCUGCCUAUUCAAUAAUGUCUCUGUCGCAGCCCGUGUCUGCCAGCAACGGCUCGGAUCACAAUGCAGAAAAAUCAUGAUCCUUGAUUGGGAUGUCCAUCAUGGAAACGGAAUCCAGAAGGCCUUCUAUGAUGACCCCAACGUCUUGUACAUCUCGCUCCACGUUUACCAGAAUGGAAGUUUUUACCCUGGGGAGAGAGAUGGCGAUUUGGAUUUCUGUGGAGAAGGAGCGGGAGUUGGGAAGAAUGUCAACAUACCCUGGCCUAGUCAAGGAAUGGGUGAUGGAGAUUACAUCUAUGCGUUCCAGCAGGUCGUCAUGCCAAUUGCCCAAGAGUUUGACCCUGAUCUGGUGAUCAUUGCUUCUGGUUUCGACGCCGCUGCGGGAGAUACACUUGGGGGAUGCUUCGUCACUCCAGCUUGCUACGCUCAUAUGACACAUAUGUUGAUGACAUUGGCUCAAGGCAAGGUUGCUGUCUGUUUGGAGGGUGGUUAUAAUUUCAGAUCAAUCUCAAAGUCUGCCCUGGCUGUCACGAAAACACUCAUGGGAAAUCCGCCCGAUCGACUUACCUCCACUUCUCCUUCAGAAUCGGCGGUCUCUACCGUACGGCGAGUCAUGUCGACCCAGUCCGCGCAUUGGGGGUGCAUGUUCCCCAAAGCAAUCAAGACCGAAGGACUCUGGACUGAUAGGCUUCAUGAUGUCAUUCGAGCUUACCAGGCCAAGCAGCUUUAUGAUAAUUUCAAGCUCACUUCUCUAUACAUCUACCGGACUGCCAUCUCUAAAUCAUUUGAGAAUCAGGUUUUGGCAAGUCCGAACUACAAUCAAGACACGCCGCUUAUAGUUAUCUUUCAUGACCCGCCGGAGAUUAUGGGAUUACCGCAUCCAGUCACCAACAAUCUGGAGGCGCACAACUGCUGGCUUGCUGAUGUCAUGAAGGAUUAUGUUCAAUGGGCGGUUAACAAGGGUUACGCUGUAAUCGACGUAAAUAUUCCCAAACAUGUCACAACGGAACCGUCGUCAAGCAAGUUCGAGGAUGAAGACGAGAAUCGACCAACAGCAACAGAAGAACUGGCCGGGUAUUUGUGGGACAAUUACAUCGAUCCUAAUGAAGCGACUGAAAUAUUCCUGGUUGGAAUUGGCAAUGCUUUCUACGGGGUUGCCAACCUCUUGAUUAAUAGAGACACUCUCUACAAGCGGGUCAAUGGUGUCAUUUCAUUCGUUGCCAAGGACCCAGUUCGUGCGGUGGCUUCGCAUACUCAGACCUGGCUAUCCCGAUGGUACAGAGAUAACUCGCUCGUGUUUGUCUCUCACGCGCACGGUCUCUGGAAGAGUGAGCGCAAGGCAACCAAACGCUAUGGGAAACUCCUCCAGUCGCCGAAAGAAGGGCUCAGUGAGAUGCUGAUGCAUCAUAAGAGCGAGGUAUUCGAGUGGAUCGAAGGCCGCAUUGAGCCUGACAGCGAGGAAACGGAGGAAGAGAAGCCCGUGAGACGGUCACCUACAAAGGCCGCUCCUAAAGCAGCAUGA